AUCGGCAGCGGAUCGAGAGCGGAUCUUUUUUCUUUUUCCCUCCUCCUCCUUCUUCUUCUUCUCGGUUGGCGUCGAUCGGCUCUGGCUCGGCGGCUAUAGGCGCUACAUACGCGGAGCGUGUCUGCGCCCCCCGGAGCUGCUGGACCUGCUGGAGCUGCUGCGGCGGCGGCGACCCCUGUCAGAGCCGGUGAACACCGGUAUUAAUGAUUGAUGCCUGUGAGGAGGAGGAGGACUUCGCUGCCCCUGUGAUGCUGUGAUGCUGUGAUCGCGCCAUUCCGCCGAGCUCAGGGCCCCUCCAUCACAGUGUCGCCCAGCGGCUCUGCGCAUCAUCCAUCGCACCUCGGCAGCAGCAGCAGCAGGAGGAGGAGGAGGAGUGGAGAGGGGGAGGAGGAGGAGGAGGAGAAAAGGAGAGGAGAGGAGAAGAGGAGAGAAGAGGAGAGGAGGAGGGGGAGGAUUAGGUGAUCUGUGUGCGCGUGUUUUCUUUUCGUCCUGCUUCUUCCUCCUUUUCGUUUUUUUUCUUCUUCUUUUUCUUUCUUUUUUUUCGGAGCGGUGGUCGCGCGUGUCGGAGGUGUGCGGGGACCGUCGCGGAGAGCUGCUGCCAUGGCCGCGGGGGGACUCGGCAGUGGCGGCGGCGGCGGGGCUCGCUGGAGCGUCUGCGCGCUGGUGGUGGUGCUGAUGAGAGUGAUGAUGAUGAUGGGGCUGCUGGCGGAGCUCGCCUCCUCCUGCCCCGCGUCUUGCUCCUGUAACACCUCGCGGAUCUGGUGCGUCGAGCCGGAGCCGGGAAUCGAGGAUUUCCCCGUGCUGCUGCCCGAGAGCGACAUGGAGAACAUCACCGACAUAUAUAUCACAAAUCAGAAUAGAUUAUUUAUAAUCACAGAGGACAGCAUGAAACUGUACACAAAUCUCAGGAAUCUAACAGUGACCAACACUCAUCUGACAUCUGUAUCUACAACGGCCUUCUCCAGUAACGGCAAACUUCAGUAUUUGAAUCUCAGAGACAACAAUUUAUCAACACUGUCAUGGAAGGCAAUCCGCAAUUCCAAUAUGUCAACUUUGCUGCUGUCUGGAAAUCCUCUGCAUUGUGUGUGUGAGAACAUGUGGAUCAAGGCCUGGCUGGACGACAGUGAGCGAGAUCAGCUUCAGUGCCUGCAGCACGGUGGCAGAGUGAAGAGCCUCUACAAACUCACUGUUCCCUCAUGCGAAUAUCCACGAGUGGAGGUCAUACCCAGUGUUGUUACCCAGAGGGCAGGAAGUGACACAACAGUGGCCUGCAGUGUCUCUGGAGCUCCAGCCCCUGAGCCCUUCUGGGUCCUAAACACCUCCUACUACCCAUCACUUACAACUACCUACAGGAUAAACACGUCAGGGCUACAGUCCAUGUUGAUCCUGAAUGGAUUGUCCCCCAGUGACAACGGCCGAGAAAUCACCUGUAGUGCAGAGAACAUUGUGGGCCAAAAUGAAGCCUCCGUCACCCUCAACAUCCUGUUCCGCCCCACCAUCCAGCAGCUGUCUGAUCCUGAGCGUCACCAGGACUGGUGCAUUCCGUUUAGCGUGACGGGCAACCCCAAGCCUGAGCUGCAGUGGUACUUCCAGGGCAGGCCGCUGGAGGAGAAGGAUUACAUAAAGACCAAGAUCCACGAGUCCACGGAGAGCGAGUACCACGGCUGCCUGCAGCUGGUCAUCCCCACGCACAUCCACAACGGACUCUAUGUACUGGUGGCAACCAAUGAGUUUGGCGAGGAUCGGAAGAACAUCACGGCACACUUCAUGCGUAUCCCUGAAGUGGACCAUUCGGGGGCAGAUCCGUUCUACUAUGAUAUCACAGAUCCUCCAGAUAUUCCACCACAGGAGGACAAAGUUGCUGUAUAUGUGGUGGUGGGGAUAGCAGGGGUGGCGCUGACUGGGUGCAUCCUGAUGCUGAUUUUUCUGAAGUAUGGAAGGAGCUCAAAGUUCGGCCUGAAGGGCUCAUCCUCAGUCAUCAGCAAUGACGACGACUCAGCCAGCCCCCUCCACCAUGUCUCCAAUGGCAACAAUACACCGUCAUCCUCAGAGAUGGGUCCAGAUGCCGUCAUCAUUGGCAUGACCAAGAUACCAGUGAUUGAGAACCCGCAGUACUUCCGCAACCCCGGCAGCGUGCUGAAAUCAGACACUUUUGUGCAACACAUCAAACGGCAUAACAUAGUGUUGAAGAGAGAGCUGGGAGAGGGAGCAUUCGGGAAAGUGUUCCUAGCGGAGUGCUACAAUUUAUCACCAGACCAGGAGAAGAUUCUGGUGGCUGUGAAGACGUUGAAGGAAGCAAGUGAGAGUGGACGAGCUGACUUCCACCGAGAGGCAGAGCUGCUUACCAACCUGCAGCACGAGCACAUCGUCACCUUCUACGGCGUGUGUGUGGAGAGUGAUCCUCUCAUCAUGGUGUUUGAGUACAUGAAACAUGGAGACCUCAACAAGUUCCUCAGGGCUCACGGGCCAGAUGCGGUGCUGAUGGCGGACGGGCAGCAGAGUAUGCUGGUGGAGCUGACUCAGUCUCAGAUGCUGCACAUUGCUCAGCAGAUAGCAGCCGGCAUGGUGUAUCUGGCCUCGCAGCACUUUGUUCACAGAGAUCUGGCCACACGCAACUGCCUGGUGGGAGAAAAUCUGCUUGUCAAGAUAGGAGACUUCGGCAUGUCCAGAGAUGUGUACAGCACUGAUUACUACAGGGUGGGCGGCCACACCAUGUUACCCAUCCGCUGGAUGCCUCCAGAGAGCAUCAUGUACCGGAGGUUCACCACAGAGAGUGACGUGUGGAGCCUCGGGGUGGUGCUGUGGGAAAUCUUCACAUACGGCAAGCAGCCUUGGUACCAGCUCUCCAACAACGAGGUAAUCGAGUGCAUCACACAGGGCCGGGUACUGCAGAGACCUCGCACCUGUCCCAAAGAGGUGUAUGACCUGAUGCUGGGCUGCUGGCAGCGCGAGCCCUACAUGAGACUCAACAUCAAAGAGAUACACAAUCUGCUCCAGAGCCUGGCCAAGGCCUCGCCGGUUUAUCUGGACAUCCUGGGCUGAGUGUCUUUGUGUGUGAGUGUAAGUGUGUAUGUGUGAGAGUGUGUGUGUGUGUGUGUGUGUGUGUGAGAGACUGGGCUUGUGUGUCCUUGCUUGUGCUUCUGCCUCUUCACCACAUAGACAAAAGGCCUUAAAUUUGAUCACGUGCGUUUCUGUACUUAUUUUUGCAUCCGUCUGGAGACAUCCGUAUCAGCCCUGCAUCAAAAUUGUACUUUUUUUAAUUCUGUAUGUGUCAGGGACAAACAAAGGGAAUCAGACUGAUCGUUGUUGUAAAUACUCAUCACAGACAGACAAUU